AUGUUCUUGCGCGCCUGUGCGCGGCGCGCAGCCGCCACGGCCAGCAUCGCGACGUCCUGGUCGGUUUCCCAAAGCAACGAACGGCUCGUGUCGUCCGACGAGCUGGCGUCGCACGACGAACGUCUCGUGUCGUCCGACGAGCUGGCGUCGCACGACUUCACGCCCGUCGCCGAGGGCGGCAGCGGGCGGCUCUGGGUGUCGUAUAAACGGGGCGUCUACGACGUGACGGACUGGGCCGCGCAGCACCCCGGCGGCCUCGCGAAUUUGAAGAUGGCGGCCGGCGGGCCCGUCGACGCCUACUGGGCGCACUGGUCCGUGCACGUGCAGGACCCGAGCGCGGCCCUGCCGGUGCUGGAGAAGUACCGCGUCGGCCGGCUCGCGGAGGACGAGGAGGACGACGACGACGACCCGUACGCGGACGAGCCGGAUCGCGCCGCGCGGAUCGCGGCGGGGCUCCGGCCUCUGAAGGCCGGCGCGGGCGGCAAAGCCACCGGCCCCUUCGAGGCCGAGUGCGACGUUCCCGGCUUGUCGUUCCUGACGCCCGCGGACAUCUUCUACGUGCGGAACCACGCGCCCGCGCCGCCGGAGGACGCGCCGGCCUUUUGCGUCGGCCUCGCCGACGGCUCCGGCGUCAGCGUGCGCGUCGACGCGCUGCGGCGCGGCGACUUCGGCCCCGUCGUGUCGCUGCCGGUGACCGUGCAGUGCUCCGGGAACCGCCUGCGCGAGGCGGGCGCCGCCAUCGGCGGCGUCAACGGCUGGACGGGCCGCGGGUCGGGCUACGGCCUCAUCUCGACGGCGACGUGGGAGGGCGUGCGCCUCGCGGACGUCUUGGAGGCGACGGGCGCGCUCGCCGGGUCCGGCGGCGACUGGCACGUCGAGGCGACGGGCCGCGACGGCUACGCGAACUCCGUCCCGCUGCGCGACGUCGCCUCGAACGACGCGCUCCUCGCCUUCGGGAUGAACGGCGGGCCCCUGCCCCGGGACCACGGCGCGCCGCUGCGCCUCGUGCUGCCGGGCUGCGUCGGCGCGCGCCAGGUCAAGUGGCUCGACGGCGUGCGGCUGCUGCCCGAGCGGUCCGAGGCGCCCUGGCAGCGGUCGUUCUACACGUUCCCGGACGGAUCGCCCGUGCGCCACUGGCCCGUGUGCUCCGCGGCGACGGCCUACGACCCGGCGACGCGGGAGCUCCGGGGCUUCGCGUACGCGGGCGACGGCCGGGGCGUCGCCCGCGUCGACGUGUCCUUCGACGGCGGCGAGACGUGGACCGCCGCGGCGCUCGAGCCGCCGGCGGUCCGCGACGACGCGCGCUGGGCCUGGCGGCUCUGGCGCGCGGCGGCGCCGCGGGACGCGACAACGCUGGACUGCGCCGUGCGCGCGACGGACCUCGCGGGCGUCGCGCAGCCCCUCGCGCCGCGCGACGCCAUCGCGCACAUGCCCAAGGGCUACCUCUUCAACGCGGUCCACCGCGUCGCCUUCGACGCGGCCGAGCCCGUCCACUGCAACCGGCUCAAUUAA